UAAAUGGUAAAUGAUGCAAUCCUGACGUAUACAUAUCAACAAAAGACACUCCCACAAGCACUACAGCUCUGAAACAAGAAAGAGAGUCCCAAAGCUCAAUGGCCAGUAUUAAUAGACCAGAGGAAAAACCAGGGAAAGGAGGUAGUGAUGGUAAAGAAGGAUCAAAACGAGAGAGUGCUGACGUAAAGAAAGUUAUUAAAGAAAUAAAAGAAGUCGUCAUUUCUCAGUAUGCUAACAUCACUAGCAUGUCAGAGGACAACCUUAGGCCAGUUGCUGAUGAAAUGUACGCAGAAAAGAUCAUUAGUCGUGGAGUCAAUAACAAACCAACAUUCAACAGUAUAAUUAGCGAGUUUGAAUCAAGUCUUAGCUGCUUCUCAACGUUGACCAAAGUUGAGGAUCAUUGCAAGAAGUUUCUGUCAGCUCUAGAACGAGUCGGGGGAGCCCCUGCCAAAAAAGCUGCAAAAUUAAGAGAGGAAUGGGUGAAGGCUGUCAAGGCUAAGUUCGGCUUUGAACUUAAUAUUUGACGUUUUGAACUUAUGACUUCGUUUAAUUUUUUCUAAUUAAAUUAGACUAGUGCAUGCUGUCACAACCAGUAUAAUUAUAGUGUAGCUGAUUUUCAACAAUAAUAAUUUGUAUAAUUAAUUAUUACAACCAGCCUUCUUGUGAUGAACUGA